UUGGUUUCCAUUCGUCGUCAGUCUGGAAUGAACUCCGACUGAAGAGGAGGAGUAGGAAGAGGAGGAGGAAUACAGAGAGUCGUGGAGGAAAGCAGAGUAAAAAGCAGUGAAGAAGACCAAGAAAAGGAGUAGGAAGGAGAGGACGAAGAAGAAGAAAGGAGAAGAAGAGGAGGAGGAAGGAGUAAGGGUGGAGGAUCGUCAGCAUCAGAAGGUCGCUGACAAUCAUCUGAUCUCAACCAAUCAGGACGCAGAAAACAACCUUCAACAUGGACCAGUGACAGACAGGAUCAGCAGCCAUGAUGGCGUCCACUAGAGGACAAACAGGAGGUCUGAGUGUGCUGCACUUCCUGUUUGGUGUGUUCCUGUUGUGUCCUGAUGGAGGUGUCUCUCUGGAGCUGCUUCCUUCAAACCCUGAAGUUCUGCUGAACUCAAACUCAAACUACAGUGUGGUGUGUUCGGGAUGGAGUCAGGUGACGUGGCGGUUACCUCAGGACACUCAGGUGGACGGGGUUGUUGUGGAGAAUCAGGGGUCCAGCAGCGUCCUGCAGCUCUUUAACGCCACCUGGAGGAAUUCUGGGAGAUACACCUGUGAGGAGGCGUCGUCCUAUCAGAGAAGAGACGUGGACAUCUUCAUACCUGGUCGAGGUCCGGAAGAAUGGUUCGUCCCGCUGGGUCCAGGUGUGGUGAUGAAGGAGGCGGAGGAAGACACCAUCCCCUGCGUGGUGUCCGACCCGCAGCUCAACGUCAGGCUGUACCAACGUCCCGGCAGGACGCCAGUUACCGGGAUGACAUACGAGCCGGGCCGUGGCUUCACGGGUCGUCUGAACGACACGUCAUACGUGUGCGUGGCCUCUCGCGGAGACGAGGAGACGGAGUCACAGGUGUACUACGUCUUCAGCAUCAUAGUUCCUAAGGUGAUGGAGGUGGACCUGACGGUGUCCAGCAGUGUGUUGAAGCAGGGGGAGGUCCUCACUGUCAACUGCACCGUCAAAGACACAGAGAUGGUCUUCUUCUCCUGGGACUUCCCCCGAAGACAGGAAGUUGAGCCUCUGACUGACUUCCUACCCAAUCGGAUUCGCUCCUUCGUCAACAUCUCCACGGCAACUGUGGCAGAUUCUGGUGUGUAUGUGUGUGUGGUGCAGGAGACGGUGCAGGAACGAACCGUGAGGAAAAACAUCACAGUGACAGUGCUGGAUCGAGGGUAUGUCUACCUGUGGCCAUCAGGUGACACCAACAUGUCGUCUCUCCUCCAUCACACGGUGGAGUUCAGUGUGGAGGUCGACGCCCAUCCCGCCCCCACCGUCCUCUGGACCAAAGACAACCAGACCAUCCCCAAGGAAACCACCUCUGUCACCACCACACAUCUGACAGGAAGCAGGUAUGUGAGCAAACUGACACUGGUUCGAGUCCAAAUGGAUCAGACAGGAAGUUACACAGCGAUCGUUUCCAACGAAGACGAUGCCGAGGAGGUCAUCUUCAACCUGGAGGUCAAAGCGCCUCCCAAGAUCACAUCUCUGUCGGAGGUCGACGGUAAGGCAAUGGUGUGUGUCAGCGAAGGAGCUCCGCCCCCCUCUGUUAUCUGGUACACCUGUCACAGCUCACAAAGGUGCAGUAAUGUGACAGGUGGCUGGAGGAGCCUAUCAGCAGCCUUGGAGGGCGUGGCUCUACAGGAGACCUUCACUGAGGUGGAGGAGAGAGGCGUCACACAGGUCUGCAGUGUGUUGACUCUGCAGAGUCUCAGCUCGCUGUCAGCUGUUCGCUGUGAAGCCAAAAACUCUGCAGGACGAAGAGCCAGAGACAUGCGAGUCGUGUCCAACUUUCUUCUGUCUCAGGUCACAGUGUUGGCGGUCGUUCUGGUUCUGGUCAUCCUCGCCGUUGUUUUCCUCAUCAUCCUCAUCCUCCUCUGGAGAAAAAAACCUCGUUAUGAAGUUCGUUGGAAGGUGAUUGAGUCGGUGAGUCCUGAUGGACAGCAGUACACCUACCUUGACCCCGCCCACCUGCCCUACAACUCCACCUGGGAAGUACCACGAGACAACGUAGUCCUAGGUCGGGUGUUGGGUUCAGGUGCGUUUGGUCGUGUUGUCGAGGCGACUAUCUCCGGUCUGCUUCACUCUCAUUCUACGACUAAAGCAGCCGUUAAGAUGGUCAAACCCAGCAGUGGUGCUGUUCAGUCUUUGAUGUCGGAGUUGAAGGUGUUGGUUCAUCUCGGUCCUCACCUGAACGUGGUCAACCUGCUCGGAGCGUGCACCAGAGGAGGUCCUGUCUAUCUCAUCACUGAGUUUUGUCGUCAUGGAGACCUGGUGAACUACCUGCAGAGGAACAAACACACCUUCCUACAGAGUGACACACACACCAAGAGUGAGAGUGAUGGAGGGUACAUGGACAUGAAUAAAGAGGAGAGCGUUCAGUACGUGGCAAUGAAGGAGCUCAGCUAUGCCGAUAUUGAGCCUGCGGUCUACGAGACGCCGUACACGCCCACAGACCAGAAGGAGGCGCUAGCUGUCCUUCUCAGUGACUCUCCUGUCCUCAGUCUCAACGACCUCCUCAGUUUCUCCUACCAGAUCUCUCAGGCCAUGGACUUCCUGUCCUCCAGAAACUGUGUCCACAGAGACCUGGCAGCGAGGAACGUCCUGGUGUGUGAGGGGAAGCUGGUGAAGAUCUGUGACUUUGGUUUGGCCAGAGAUCUGACGAAAGACCAGGACUACGUCGCCCGAGGAAACAGCUUCCUGCCGGUGAAGUGGAUGUCUCCAGAGAGCAUCUUCCAGAACAUUUACAGCUCUCAAAGCGACGUCUGGUCCUACGGAGUCUUACUGUGGGAGAUCUUCUCUCUGGGUGGGAGCCCGUACCCUGACCUCCCCAUGACCCAGGAGUUCUACUCGUCCCUGAAGAGAGGAUACAGGAUGAGUCGACCUGAUCAUGCUUCGCACAACAUUUACGACCUGAUGAGACAGUGUUGGGAGGAGAAACCUCAGUCUAGACCUUCUUUCUCCUCAUUGGUCGUCUCCUUUGGCAACACAUUGACUGACGACUACAAAAAGCGUUACCUCCGGCUGACGGAGGACUUCAUGAAAGGGGACCAUCCAGCUGUUGUUGGAUCCAGACUGAGUCCAUCCAGAGCUGCUGGUGAUCAGACUGAUGGACAGACAGACACAGACGGUAGCCCUGCCCCUCACAUUUCAGAGGCAGGGCCAGAGGAGGCAGGCCCCUCCUACGGUACUUACAUCAUCCCCAUCACUGACAUCACCAUAGAAACCAGCAGAGAUGCUGCGCUGGCCGCAGUCAGCCCUCAGCUAUCUCAGGACACACCAGAAGUACAGGAAGUGACAUCAUCAGAGGACAGCCAUCAAGUUGAGGAUGCUCCUGAGUCAUCCCAACGGCAUGAGGAAGAGGAGGAGAGCUGCCUGUGAAGGCUCCGCUGCCUGGGUUGUUUAAACAUGGGUUGUUUUUACUCACAGUUAUGACUGUAAGGCGCCAAAGGAAACAGGAUUGUUUACAUGUUUGUGUUUGUAAACAGGAAACAGAACUCUUCUUCCAGCAGGUCCUGAGUCAGUUUAAUGACAUUAUAAUCUGCAGCUGUAUAUUCUGUAUUUACUUUGUGAUAUAAUCUGCUGCAUCUUUAUUCUAACUGCUUUUAGACAAACUGAUCAGAGUCAGAACGUUUUAUUAAAGAUACUUUUCAGAAUAAAA